CAUCAAGGAGCCAAAGUUUUAUCCUAACAAAUAAGAACACAACCCAACCCCCCUCUUUUUUUCUGAAAUUCUUAGGAAGCCAAAAGAAAUAGAAUAAUAGAUUAAAGUAACAUCUACAUCCCAAGAGUGUGAUCCAUAUUGUAAAAAGAAGAAAAUAAAAAGAAAUUAUAUGAUUUUGGACAUUUGGGUGACCCCACAUUUCUCUCUCUAAAUCUCUACCGUUGAACCCAACCUUGGCUUCUCUAUUUAUACACACUUCCCAUCUUGUUUCAAGUCCCAUGCUUGUGUCCUCUCACUUCUGCAACUCAACUAUCAUCAGAGCAUUAAUACUCACCAACUUCCCCUGCUCUGUUCUGUUCUGCUCUGCUCUACUUCAUAUUUCUAACAUAAUCCAUUCAUCAAUGGCGGCUUGCUUGGAGAUUUGCAAUGAGAAUUUGCAGGGUGGUGAGAGGAAAGGAGAGAGAGAAGUUUGCACUCUUGAUGGGACUGUUGAUUGGCAUGGCCACCCUGCAAUCAGAUCAAAAUCUGGAGGAUGGUUUGCUGGAACCAUCAUACUCUUAAAUCAAGGUCUUGCAACUCUUGCGUUCUUCGGGGUUGGUGUGAACUUGGUGUUGUUCCUGACAAGGGUUUUGCAACAAAAUAAUGCCGACGCAGCAAACAGCGUAAGCAAAUGGACCGGGACGGUGUACAUCUUCUCUCUUGUUGGGGCUUUCCUCAGUGAUUCAUACUGGGGAAGGUACAAAACUUGUGCGGUUUUUCAGAUCAUCUUUGUCAUUGGCCUGGUUUCACUGUCCCUAACAUCGCAGCUCUUCCUGAUAAAACCAAAAGGUUGUGGGGAUGAAGACACUCCAUGCGAGUCACAUUCAAGAUUGGGGAAUGCAUUGUUUUACCUCUCCAUUUACCUUAUUGCACUGGGAAACGGGGGAUAUCAACCCAACAUUGCCACACUGGGAGCAGACCAAUUUGAUGAAGAGGACUCCACAGAGGGGCAAUCCAAAGUGGCAUUCUUUAGCUACUUUUAUUUGGCACUCAACUUGGGUUCCCUCUUCUCAAACACCAUUUUAGGGUACUUCGAAGAUGGAGGACUGUGGGCUCUAGGCUUCUGGGUGUCCACUGGCUCAGCUUUUGCAGCACUGAUUUUGUUUCUUUCUGGAACUCCAAGGUACAGGCACUUCAAGCCAAGUGGUAACCCUCUCUCCAGAUUCUGCCAAGUCAUUGUUGCUGCAGCUAAGAAAUCAACAGUCAAGAUGCCACCUGGUGAAGAUGAACUAUACACUGUUGAUGGCAAGGACAGUUCCAUGAAUCGUGGUAGAAAGAUACUUCACACACAUGGAUUCAAGUUUUUGGACAGGGCAGCAUAUAUAACAUCAAGAGAUUUGGAUAACCAAGGACAAGGCAUUGACAAUCCGUGGCGCCUCUGUCCCAUCACACAAGUGGAAGAGGUCAAGUGCAUUUUAAGAUUACUUCCUAUUUGGCUCUGCACCAUAAUCUACUCCGUAGUCUUCACUCAAAUGGCUUCCCUCUUUGUCGAGCAAGGCGCUGCAAUGAAAACUACUGUUUCAAGCUUCCACAUCCCACCUGCAAGCAUGUCGAGCUUCGACAUUCUCAGCGUGGCAGUUUUCAUCUUCCUUUACCGGCGAGUCCUAGACCCACUUGUAGGAAAACUUAGAAAAUCAGAUUCUAAAGGGCUUACCGAACUUCAGAGAAUGGGAAUUGGUCUCAUCAUAGCAGUGAUGGCAAUGGUUUCAGCAGGGAUUGUUGAGUGUUAUAGGCUAAAAUACGCCAAAGGCAACUGCACACACUGUGAAGGCUCAAGCUCCUUGAGCAUCUUUUGGCAAAUUCCACAGUAUGCAUUUAUAGGAGCUUCUGAGGUCUUUAUGUACGUGGGCCAAUUGGAGUUCUUCAAUGCACAAACCCCAGACGGGUUAAAAAGCUUUGGCAGUGCACUUUGUAUGACAUCAAUCUCUUUGGGGAAUUAUGUCAGUAGCCUUCUGGUCACUAUGGUUAUGAAGAUAUCAACAGAGGAUCACAUGCCAGGAUGGAUUCCAGGAAACCUGAACAGAGGCCAUCUAGACAGAUUUUACUUCCUCCUAGCUGGAUUGACAGCAAUCGACUUUGCAGUGUAUAUUCUCUGUGCUAGAUGGUACAAAUGUAUCAAACUGGAGGGUAAGUGUGAAAAAAAUGAAGACCAGGACGACAUCAAGGUCUGAUUUGAAGAAAUAUAUAAACAAAACCAAGACAUGUUUGAUGCAUAUUCUAUCAGCUUGUAUAAGAAGAAUAAAAGGAAUGGGGCCCUAAAGAGUCAGAAACCUAAUUUUGGCUUAACUCUGUGUACCCAAUUCUUUCCCCUUUCUAUUACAUCUGACCAAAUAAUUUCAAGCCAUAUUGUUGUAAGAGCAAGGGUGACAUGUUAUGAUCCCGUAGAUUUCUCGUGCAAGGCCUUCCAUGUUCCCACCUCGUAAAUUUCUUCGCUUUAUUCAUUAGAGGACUUUGACACAUCUUUUCACUUUUCCUUUUCUAUAUGGGGAAGCUGGGCCAAUCACUGAGCCACCUUUGUUCUCUGUCAAGUUGCGGAUGGAAAUGAAGCACCCUCAUUUGUCUUCU